UGAAGGUCUGCUGUCAGGAUAUGAGGAGAUGGAUUGUUACAUCAGGUUCUGGAACUCCCAUGGUCACCCACCUCCUUACAGAACCCAGAGUGAGGCUGAGAAUUGUUUGACCCUGAGUGACCUCUGUAAACUGUCUGACAUCCAUAGAGAGGCUGCUGACCUCAUUAUGGAGUAUAAAGCCCAGUUACAUAUAGGCAGGAGGAUUGAACUUGUUUCAUUAAUAAUGAAUGCACUCCCUGAAGUAAAAGCUGGAAAUGCUCUUGACAAUAACACAGAGACCAUUAGAAAGGUUAGACAACUCCUGCAGCAAUAUAACCUAACACAAGAGGAAAUGAAGCCAGUUAACAAUGCAAUGGAAACGGACCAAUCAGAAUACAACAAUACUUUGUCACAAUGCAGCCAAUCAACAUCUGGGAAUCAUGUUGACCUUUGGCCUCUACAUGAUCAAAUGUUUGUUCUCUCUGAGCUGAAGUUAGUCAAUAAAAUGUUGACAUCAUCAGAAUGUACUGCUUCACCAGAGGUCGGGGCAUUAGUUAACUAUGGAAUCCAGUUUACACCUGUGUCACCGAUAGUUUUAACAAAACUGAAAGCAAAGUGUGAAGACAAAAGUCAGGAAGCUGUGAGUAACACUUUGUGUGAGAUACUCUGUGAUAUGUACCAACAACUGUGGACCAACACGUCAGCUACAGGACUAAACUGGUGGUUAAACUGGUAUCCAUCCCUUGAGAGCAUGGCAUCAAGUGUUGAUAGGACCAAAGAAAGUUUGGGCCCAAAAAGUCUUUACAAGGCAGUAUUAAGUAAGACUGCCUACCACCUGAUGUGUGGAAAAUCUGAGGAAACACAAAGGUCAUCACAGGACAGACAUCUUACUGUUGAUGUACCUCUGAGAGACUUAAAAUCAAGGCUACACAAACUACAGAUCCUGUCACAGCACAUCUGGUCUCAAGGCUCAAUGCUCUGUAAAGGGAAUCUUCAGACUAGGAUACUUUUGAGACAGCACAUCGUCCAAGUGUUUGUAUCAAUACUUCACUCCACUGUGGCAAUGUUUAAAUCCAAGGAAGCAGAGGACAAAUACAAACAGAGUGUGUCUGAGUUCAUCAACUGCCUCCAAAACAAAGAUACCUCUCAUUCGAACAGUGAGCAAAUAAUCCAAACCAUAACAAACCUCCUGAAUGGAGUUAUGGGGCCUGAUCUAUUUAUAGUAAGGGAGUGUUUGAGUGGAAUACUUGCCGUUUCUGAUGAUGAGGCUGAUAUGAGAACAGUAGGAAGACAGUGGGUGUAUGUAGGUCUACUGGGCAUGCUCCUCCACAAACCAAGGUCACCUGUUGAUCCAGUGGUUAAGACACAGAUCAAACUACAGCUAAAACAAAGGGAGCUGGAGGAGAUCAAUACAGAUAUUGAAGUCAAGACCAUCCAUCACAGACAAAUGACGGGUCUACAUCUGCUGGACACGCCCUCCCACCUACAACAUCCUUUGAUCCUCCACUUGAUCUACAGGAGGGAGAAGUUACAGAGACAGAUAGAGGCUUUACAGUCCCAGCAUGCCUACAGACCAAGCACCUGUCAGAAGGGAGCAAGGAGAUUUUUGAUGUAGAUUAUGGGACCCUUGAGAAUCUGAUGAUUGAUGUAAUACAGACAGAUAAAAUCCUACAGCAAUUCAGCCACCUUGGUAAAGACAUGGAUUUCCAGGAUAUAAUUAAGGUAAUGGAUAAGAUCUGCUGGGUUGCUAGGAUGAGGGAGUCCUUGGUUACCUACACACAGGAUCAUGACCUUAACAAGGUCAUUCUGUUUUACUCCUGGGUCAAGGACAAACUACUGCCU